AUGUGUAAACACAUCUUGAACGCCCAAGUGGCUAUCCGAGCGCCCUGUUGCAAAAAAUGGUUUGAUUGCCCCGAGUGUCACGCCGAGUCUCAGGAUCAUGAGCUCACGAGGACAAUGGAGAUGGUCUUCCUCUGUAAAAAGUGCAAGAAGGCGUUCCGAAAGGACAUGUCGGAAUAUGAAGAAGCGGACGAGUUUUGCCCUCAUUGCGACAACCAAUAUGUGAUCGAAGCGAAGGAGGCGAAGCCCAUGCUCGGUGUUGAGGGUGAAGAUGCCCGUAUGGACAACAGAAUGCUCAAGGACGACAGAGAAAAGGAAAAGCCCGAACGGAGUGUCUUCAACAGCAGAGACGUAUCCGAUAAGCUCGACACAAUGCCCCUCUAUCAGCUCAACCCCAAACAGCAGAAGGGAAGAUGA